ACCAAUAAUAUAUCGCAAAAGAAAAAAGGGCAAGAAGACGAGAGAAUAUAUGUACAUACAGCCACACAUAUAUAUAGUUUAGCCACAAGUAAACUCGAUCCGUUAUUCCGUUGUAUAUUGCCCUCUGGGAUCAAACUUUCUCAACUUCUAUCCCAUCGUGAAAGUUUUGGGUGGAAAAGGCCGUGUUUCAUUUUGGAGUAUAGCUGAAAUACAAAGCGGAAGGAUGUUUGGAUCGACUAAUCCUUUUGGGCAGUCAUCUACUAGCCCAUUUGGCACUCAAUCAACCUUUGGCCAAGCUAGCAGUGGAAGUAGCAAUCCAUUUGCGCCAAACCCCUUUGGUAGCACAACACCGUUUGGCACACAAACAGGAGGCUCACUUUUUGGUGGUAGCGCCACAGGUGUGUUUGGUUCAAACCAAGCUUCAUCGCCUUUACCUUCAACACCAGUGUUCGGUGCUUCAUCAUCCCCAGCAUUUGGAAGCUCUGUACCUGCUUUUGGAGCUUCUUCUACAUCAGGAUUUGGUAAUACUUCAUCUUCAUCAUUUGGGGGUUCCUCUGUAUUUGGGCAAAAACCUUCUUUUGGUGGCUUUGGAUCCUCAACUACCCAGACAAGUCCAUUUGGAAGCACAUUUCAACAGUCUCAACCAGCAUUUGGGAGCAAUUUAUUUGGAUCUACACCUUUUGGUGGAUCAAGUCAGUCAGCAUUUAGUGCUCCUAGCACUCCUACAUUUGGUUCAUCUAGCACCCCUGCAUUUGGUGCAACAAACACACCAGCUUUUGGUGCUACAAGCUCCCCAGCCUUUGGUUCCGUCUCAACACCAACUUUUGGCAGCACAGGAAAUGCAUUUGGUGUUUCUAAUGCUCCCGUCUUCGGAUCAAGCAGUCCAGCAUUUGGGGCUGCAAGCACUCCGGCUUUUGGCGCGACAAGUGCUCCAGCAUUUGGCACUUCAAGUAGCCCCUCAUUUGGUGCCUCAACAACUCCUCCUUUUGGAGCCUCUAGUCCUUCUUUCAGCUUUGGGUCAACACCAGCAUUUGGUCAGUCAACAUCUGCAUUUGGAAGUACUCAAUUUGGGGCUUCUCCUUCACCUUUUGGAGCUCCAAGCUCCGCAUUUGGGGCCCAGACUUCUUCACCAGCAUUUGGAAGCCCAGGUUUUGGGUCAUCAACUUUUGGAGGUCAACGUGGGGGAAGUAGAGUGGCCGCCUACACACCGACUGCUGAAGCAGAUGCUGGCACUGGUACACAGCCUGCUGGAAAACUAGAGUCGAUAUCAGCGAUGCCAGUUUACAAAGAUAAAAGUCACGAGGAGCUUAGAUGGGAGGAUUAUCAGCUGGGAGACAAAGGUGGGCCGAAUUCUGCUGCUCAGCCUGCUGGUGCAGCUGGCUUUGGAACCAAUACUCAGCCUAAUCCUUUUAGUUCCUCAUCUACGUUUGGUCAAGCAUCUGCCCCUGCAAACCCAUUUUCAUCCAAUAAUGCCACAAACCCUUUUGGUCAAAAAUCUGCACCAUUUAGUACUCCUGGUUUUGCUGCAUCUACUUCUGCUUUUGGUUCUUCUGCCUUUGGGAGCACGACCAAUGCAAAUCCUUUUGGGUCCACAUCAUCAGCAGCACCUUCUUUGUUUGGUUCCACAACAUCGACAUUUGGUGGUACUCCUGCAUCUCCUUUUGGUUCAGCAGCUACGACGUCUGCGUUUGGAACUUCAACAUCUAUUUUUGGCUCAACAUCAGCUCAGGGAACAACAUCCAGUCCAUUUAAUAGUGGCUUGAAUUUUGGAAAUACCCAACAAUCUCCUCUCUUUCAGUCUAAUACACCUUCAAUUGGGCAAUCAAGUUCAGCUUUUGGCCAGACUCCUUCCUUUGGGCAGACUACACCUGGGUUUGGUCAGACCAAUAUGUUUAAUACUCCAUCUACUGGUUUUGGCGCAAAUAUGUUCUCUACUACUCCAUCACUGUUAACAACUAGCAGCCAAAUGGGAUUUGGUCAGACAAUGCCCUCUCAGUCAUCACCUUUUCAAUUAAGUCAACCAUCUCAAAAUGCGGGAGCUUUUGGAAACUUUGGUCAGACUCAAGCAGCUGGUUUGAGUGGAUUUGGUGGUACACCAGGCAUUUUUGGUCAGAGUAGCUAUGGACAAUCGUCAGCUACUCCGAACACUGCAGUUGUACAACAAGCUCCAGUAUUAAAUCCCUUUGGUACAUUACCCGCAAUGCCUUUGAUGUCCAUCGGGCGUGCUGGAACUUCGCCUUCAAUUCAAUAUGGAAUUUCUAGUUUGCCUGUGGUUGACAAACCUGCUCCUGCCCGAAUAUCUUCACUGCUUACUUCUCGACACCUUUCUCAGAGGCGUGUAAGGCUGCCUGCCAGGAAAUAUCAUCCCAAGAAUAAUGGUCUAAAGGUUCCUUUUUUCAGUGAUGAUGAAGAAGCACCUACCACGCCAAAGGCGGACACUCUUUUCAUUCCACGGGAGAACCCUCGAGCUCUGGUAAUUCGGCCCUUGGAACAGUGGCCUGGUAGAACAAAUGGGGACAAAAGAUCUCUAUCAAAGGAGCACACCCCUGUACAAAAGAGUGAUGAAGAUAUAGCAAAUAAUGGCCCAACAGAUGAGCAAAGUGAUCGCGUUAAAUUGGGUCAAAAGCCUAAUGGGGUCCAUGAUGAACAUCUCGUACAGAAAGAUGAUGCCUACAUUACUUUAACUGGUCACAGGGCUGGCGAGGCUGCCAUUGUUUAUGAACAUGGAGCAGACAUUGAGGCACUGAUGCCAAAGCUCCGCCAUUCUGACUAUUACACAGAACCUCGAAUCCAAGAGUUAGCAGCAAAAGAAAGGGCUGAACCAGGUUUCUGUCGACACGUAAAAGACUUUGUUGUUGGGAGACACGGUUAUGGAAGUAUCAAAUUCCUUGGGGAGACAGAUGUGCGUCGACUUGAUUUGGAGUCACUUGUCCAAUUUAACCACAGAGAAGUUAUUGUGUAUAUGGAUGAGAGCAAGAAGCCUCCAGUUGGACAAGGACUUAAUAAACCUGCUGUGGUAACUCUCCUUAAUGUGAAAUGUUUUGACAAGAAAACUGGCCGCCACUUUACAGAAGGUCCCAGGAUUGAUAAAUACAAAGAAAUGCUCCGAAAAAAGGCCGAGGAUCAGGGUGCUGAAUUUGUGUCUUAUGACCCGAUUGAAGGAGAGUGGGCGUUUAAGGUCAGUCAUUUCAGCAGGUACGAGCUUAGAGAUGAAGAUUUAGGUUUAGAUGACUGGGAAUGAAUGCAAAUAUUGUUUGACAAGUCAUGGUCAAUUGAAUGCCAGGCAAUGGGACUGGAUCUUAUAUCUAACAGUGGUUAGACUUGCUUUCAUGUUGUUGUGGCUGCUGUAUUUUCUCAUCGACAGGCUUUUGAUUAUGUUUUCGUAGUUGCUGUCUUCUUUUUCCUUUGCCAUAAUUUGUUAAUGGAAAUGAUUGUUUUCUAGUGAUUGGUUGGAUGGACUAUGUCAACAAUUUUGAUUGAAGAACAAGGGUGGUGAUUUUGUUUUAUUAG